GUUGUAGAGCCUUCCUAGAAACUCGUUGAAAUGCGAGGACGUUCCACUUCUGUUAGUUGUCGUCCAAUUGGAAUUCAUUGAACACGUUUGGUUUUCCCGCCGAUGGGAGUUAUUCAACAAUGAUCCAGUUUAUAAGAUUCUUAAGUUGUUUAUCGUUUGUACUACUGUGUGCUUUGUUCUGUACUGGCGCUGCCCCUUCAAUGCAAGUAGUGGACAUCUGUGCACAAUGUUCGUGCUUCGAAGUAGACAACGAAAUUAUCGUUAACUGCAAGGGUGAAGAUUCGCCGGAAGCUCCAGGUCCAGCUAAGAAAUAUUUCAACCUACAGAGCACUGUGUGGCCAGUUUCCAAGGAUCCUGUCAACAAUCAGUUAAAAAUACGGGCGUAUUUCAGGAAUUUGCAGCUACCAAUAUUGCCAAGGCUUCCACCCAGCCAAUUUGUUAGAGAGCUGCACUUCAGCAACAACGCUAUCAAUUCGUAUCGCGAUGAAUCAUUUCAACAGUUUAAACAGUUGGAAUCACUUACGCUGAUUAAUAAUAAUCUGGGAGUUCUUGAAAAAGAUUUUUUCGCAACCAAAAAUAUCUUGAAACAUUUAGAUCUUUCCAACAACACACUCACAUCGAUCGCCGCCCUGGAGCGAGCAUCCUUCGAACAGCUUGAAUCAAUCUACUUAUCUCACAACGCACUGAAAUUUAUCUCGGCUCAAGCUACUCGGGCUUUGCAGAACGCUAGCAUUGUUCGGCUAGAGAAAUGUGACCUGUUCAGCUGGGAGUGUGACGACGAUCUACACUGGAAGGAGCUCUAUUUGAGCGGAAAUAAACUGACCUCAAUUUCUGGAACAACGUUCUCUCACCUGCCACUGCUGGAAGUGCUCGACAUCUCACACAACAAGAUCCAAUUCAUCGACGCGCAAGCCUUCGUCUUUCUUAACCAACUACAACACAUCGAUCUAUCGUUCAAUUCGGUUAACAGUCUCGCAAAUCUUCAUCUACCAUCCACGUUGAACAUCGUGAAUGUUGCUGGCAAUUCAAUCAGCCAGUGGCCAUUUGGGGAUCUGCCUGAGGACUUGCAGCGACUGGAGAUUCAGCAAAACUUGCUGACGGAGUUGCAACUUGCGCAAACUGUAAACCUGGUUGCACUGAACGCUAGUGACAAUCGUCUGGACUCGUUCAACGGAGACUCGUUUCCACUGCUGGUCGAGUUAGAUUUGUCGUAUAACCAGUUCAGCGAGUUACCGCGAAAUCUUGGUAAUCAUCUCAGAAUUUUGAUACUAGACGGAAAUCCGUACGAAAGGAUAUUCUUCGAUAGUCGAGUUUCACUGGAGUUAUUAUCGCUGAAUCGAUUGCCGAACUUGGCCGAAUUGGGAAGCUACAGCUUCUGGAAAUUGGUCAGCCGAGAGGAUGACAAAGAACGGGAUUGUGUGGAAAUUCGAAUUUCUCACUGUCCCAAGCUGAAAACGAUCAAUCCUUCAGCUUUCGAAAAUGUGGAUCUGUGUAGGCUAGACCUUAGUUACAAUGCGUUAACAUCUAUUUCGAAAAACCUGAUCGACUGGGAAAGUUUAGGCGGAGAAAUUAAUCUCCAGGGCAAUCCUUGGGACUGCAACUGUUCUCAGCAAUGGAUGGUAGAGGAAAUACUGCCGAUGAUCUACGAAACCAAAGAUCUGCAAUACUUGCUGGAAGAUUUCCGCUGCGCCAGCCCCGAAAAUAGAAAGAAUGUAAGACUGGUUAAAUAUCUCAAUCAUCACGGGGUUUUCUGCGGCGGUCCUCAACUGGCUCGAUUGGUAGAUGGGACUCAAUCGCAGGGCACGGUUAAAGCAGGAUUUGCAAAUAUAUUGUGUGCUGUUGACGAUGAAGCCUGUUUGCACAUGCAUACAGGCUCGGGUUUUUAUGCUUUUUGCGUAAUGGUAGCUGUUACACUGCUGGUAAGCGUCGUGUUGCUGAUUUUCAUCAUCAUCCGAAGAAAACGAGAAAAUCGACGGAUAUCCUAUGAAAGUAUUUGGCUGAUCAAAAAUAAAAAGUCUACAUCUUUAUAAUAAGUA